UGCAUGGCCUUGCAACUAAAUCCACCUAUCUGUAGACAACCAUUGUAGCUGAUCAACGUCUGGUGACACACAGACUUGCUCUCAUGUUACAUUAGUAUUCACUACUCAUCUAGGAUCCAGACUUUUCUAAAGACUGCUGGCAGUUUGUGUACUAAUUUUAAGAUAGUUGCUGAGUUUAAUGGGGUACGAUUUUUCAUUUGACCAGGAUAUGGCUACACAGUCUCUAUGUAAUGAUUCCUGGAAUUAUUGAUUUGAUUUUUCUGCGCUUCGUUAUCCCCUUCGUAUUGUUCAUAGUUACCGUGGUACGGUACAAUGGGUUUUCUUUCAUUUAUUUAUUAUUUCUGCUGGCUUGCCCGUUGCUCGCUCGUCCCAAGUGUCCCAGAUCCACAACUAAAGUUCAGGUUUAUCUUAUCUUACUCAUAACGCUAAGUUGUAUUUUCACUUUGUCUCACCCAACGCUGCACAUAGUUCUGACUGUUGCUCCACCGUAUGAAAAUGCACUUCGAACAUGUGAAGAUGCAUCAAUUGCUGCUCAGAUUGGCGUCCAAAGACUCGAGGGGAUGCUACCCUACCGUGCAAUGAGACUUGUGUUACCAGAUAUCUUUAUAUUGUCAGUUGCAGUUGCUUCGUUGGUCUAUUUCAGUAGAAGACGCCGAGUUCCUUCGGCACUUUUGUCGUCAACCAAUGCUUUGUCGGCCGCUGAAAACAGCAUUGUUUCUCAUAAUAGUGACGAAUCGGAACAUAACCCCAAACCUUCUGCUACAAAAGACAAACAGCUGGACCGAACUCACUUUAAUUUUACCACGUUUUGGAAUGAAAACCAAAAAAGAUUGUGGCGUGCUUGGGCUAUGGAUUCGUUACGUAUGUUAAUAACCGUACUACUUGUGUGUUUUGCUGGAAUAACCUCACCUUCGUUGCCAUCUUGCGUUUAUCUUUUAUCAUUCCUCGCUACAUGUACAUAUUGGGCCUGUAGAAAUAGAGUCAGCUCAACACCGUUUGCUUCUUUACGGAUUUUCCUUUUGGUGUACAGUGGAUUGCAUGUUUGUUUAUACUACCUAUAUCAGUUUCCUUUCUUCCAAGCAUUCUGCAAGGAUGGAAGUUUCUUAGCACGGCUACUUGGUUUGUACUAUAUUAUGCACACCUCAUGUAAAAAACCCGGUGAAAUUAUAUUCCCAAGUAGUUUUCGUGUUGUAGAUUGUCUGGCUCCACCUAUUACGAUGUUACUGUACUAUGUUUUGGUGUUAGAAACUCGACGCUGGUUAGAUUCACAUUCUAGCGUUUCUUCACAACCGCUAUUUCGGAACAAUAUUAGAGAUUCUACAUUCCCAAGUGAAGUACCACCUAGCUGUCAUGAUGAGAAUGUGGAUAAUGUGAAUAUGCCAAGUACUACAGAAUUAGUAUCUCAGGAAAACUUACUUAAUUCUGCAGUUACUUCCUCAGAUUCCUUCUUCUCUACCAAUUUGACAACCACAGUUUCUGCUCUGCCUACUGACCGUGGAAAUGAAAACAUAACAUCUAAAGAUCAAUCUUAUGUGGAAUUGCAUCCUAACCAGAACCUCAUUCAGAAGCAUAGUCCUUCAAAACAAUGUACGACCGUGGAUCAAGAAGAAAAAUCUUUAUCUCUUGGUAUAAGUCAUAUUAGAGGGGAAGUGUCAACAGAUUGCACAAGCCACGUUCCAAAAUCCCUUACUAAAUUUCCGCACCAAAUUACUGCACUACAUCUGGAAGCAAAAAAUAAUUCUAAUGAAGGUUUUUUAUCGCCUCCUGUAGAACCUCAUUUUGAUGCUUUAUUUGGCCUUACACCUCCUUUUGCCACAUACAUGUAUGGAUGGUCUGGAAAUAAUGUUACUACUGAACGUCCAUUUCUGCUCAGUUUGCACUAUUCAGCAAUCAAGAACAGUUACAUUCUCACGCUUAUUGCAAUGAUGGCUUGGGCUGUUGUUUAUCGCAGUUGGCUUUCAUUCAUUCUGCUUUUAUCUGCGUGCAUCCUAUGGAUCGUCCCCAAAUCUAGAGCUGCAUGUUUAUAUUCUAGUCCUUUGAUUGUCCUCUAUGCGAUUGUCCUAAUUCUAAUACAGUAUAUCUAUGGAUUAAAUUUAAAUUCCGAUGAACUACCGCAAGCAGUGACACCCGAUGGUAUUCAAUUAUCUGAAUUGGGAAUGCAGAGAUCAGAUCAUUGUGUUGGCGCUCUUGCUCUUCAGAUGGGCUUCUUAAUUUGCUUUUGGUUGACUCUGAGAUUGUUUGUAAUGGAACGUGCAGCCAAGCGAUUAUCAGCACAUCAUCAACGAGUUGUUUUAAAAAGUGAAGAUUUACAAACAAGUUCAGGCUCAACUCCACUUCCUCGUUUUCAGAAGUCUUUGCCAACUGUCUUGAAGUUUCGUAGACGAAGUAAUAAAGAAGAAGGAAAUAAUAUCUUGCUAACUCCUUUCUUAAAUAUGGCCGACGAUUUUCAAACACAUACUGGCUAUAAUGCUGCUAUUUAUGGCCCUGCAGCGUCUUUCGGAACUGUAGACAAUAAUAUUUACAGACGAUUUACUGAGUUUAUGCAUUCUUUAUGCGUAAAGUAUUGGAUUGUCGUUUGUUGUCUGAGUAUGCUGUUGGUUUCCGUUCAACAGCCUGUCGUUGUGUUUCGUAUUGUUUACAUGGUUAUGCUGAUUUACUUCAUGUUGAUUUUUCAGAUAAGUUAUGCUAUUUGGCGUCGUCAAAUGUUAUGUUUUUGGUGGGUCAUUGUUGUAUAUUCUAUGGCGAUGCUGUUGUGUAUUUAUACUUUUCAAUUUAAUGAGUCACCCAGUUUCUGGCAGAAUAAACUACAUCUUUCACCUGAAAUCUUAAAGGCGUUUGGAUUAGAAACUUUUGAAAGUGCAGCUCUUUUCGAACGUUUACUAACACCAGUUGUAUUCUUAGUUGUUAUAAUUUUACAAGUGCAUUACUUUCAUAUACCAUUCCUUAAAGCAUCCGCAUUAAAUCGUUUCCAAUUGCCUCAAGUUUCCAGGGGUUCUGUGAAUUCACGUUCUGGGAUUUCUGACGACCACAAUUCAAAUACAUCUAUUUCCCAGAGUAGUAACAUGUCCAAUUUUAUUGAAGAUGUGAAUUCAGCAUUUCAAAUAGUUGUUUCGAAAUUAUAUUGUUGGGCUGAUAGUCUCACAAAUCAUUGUUGGCGUUUCCUUGAAAUACAUUGGAUUAAAGUAGUUGGAUUAGUGAUAAUUGUCACUUGUACGGAUGAUGUUUCAGCAACGAAUAUUAUCUCUCUUAUAUUUCUCGUCAUUUGUUUCCCUUUUCCAAAUCUGCAUGGAUUCAUGACAACAUUUAUUUUUAUAUGGACUAGUGUUCAAAUACUUUGUAAGAUGACUUUUCAGUUGAGUGCUGUCAACUGGAACAUUUCAUCAUCAUCUUGUGUAAAGCUUCGCAACACUACAUUAGAUCCAACUAACUGGCUCGGUUUUAAAAAGGUCGACAACUUUCGUCAGUAUAUUAUGCCAUAUGGUGCAUUACUGGUUGUCAGUGUAGUCUGGCAUGCUAUAGCGUAUAGACAACGUCAAUUUUACAACAAUGAUAAAAUUACUCGUCCAGCUGAAGGAAUUGUAUUUCCUGGUGUUACGAUCAAUUCCAUGGGUUAUGACUUAUUGAAUGUGGUCAAAUUUGCUUUUAAUUAUGGAUUCUACAAAUUUGGUUUGGAGCUUUGUCAUUGUAUCACCGUUGUCACUACAUGCGCACGUGUCGAUGCUUUCAGUGUACUAUACUUACUGUUGAUGUUAGUGUUUUUAUUCUCUCCACGACGAGUAUGUGCACGUCUAUGGCCUUCUUAUAUGGUAAUUCUAGCUGCGCUUAUACCAAUACAAUAUGCCAGUUGUAUUGGUCUACCACCUGGACUAUGUUUGAGUUACCCUUGGUAUACAGAAUCGAUAGAAAUUAAUAAUCUUCUUCAGUGGUUGUAUCUACCUAGCGACUUUGGUGCACCAUCUGCUUAUAAGUUAACUGCUGACUUCUUUCAGUUCGCUGCAGUGGCUUUACAAUUUCGUGUCUUUAAAAUUGAACAACGCCCUGAUUCAGAAAGGUAUGAUGGUGGUUCUAACCGUCCAAUUCUAACUAAUGAAUUACCUAACGAGGAAGAUCGUGACUUCGUCAGCACUAAAGAAUCUUAUUUAGAUUAUAUGCGUCAUCUUAUUUUCUAUUGGUCUUAUUGGGUCAGUUUAGCUGUUGUUCUUGUCACUGGAGUUGUGUGGAUUACACUAUUCUGUUUAGGUUAUAUGAUCUUAAGUUUCAUCUAUUUAUGGAUGGGACUGAAUGUUUUGCUAAGAGAACGACCUAAUCUUAUCAACUCAUGGAAUGUAAUUAUUGGAUAUAAUUUUUGUGUUAUUUUGGCUAAAUGUAGUCUUCAACUUAUGGGUUGUGUCUAUCGUUCACGAAUGGCUAAUCAAUGUUGGCUUAUACAGUUAUUCGGUGUUCAAUGUAUGAAUCCAUUAUCAUGGAAUCAUUUCAAUCUACCUCCUGGACAUGAAACAUCAUGUGCUACUGUUUCAAGUGGUUUGCAUUGGGAUAUUGUAUGCUUUAUAUUUAUUUUAUUUCAACGAAAAGUAUUCACAUCACAUAGUUUUAGUCAUGUAUUACUUGAUUUACAAGUUCAAAGUCGAUUUGCAUCUCGUGGUGCUUACCUAAUAAACCGUAAGUUAAUGUUAGCUAUUCAUGAACAAGCUAUGGAAGAACAAUAUAAUUUAGCAAAAGUACAACAGAAACUCAAUCUUAUUCAACAACGUCAAGAAGCAUUUGGACGUAGUAAUGCUAACAUUACUGAACAUUAUAUAAUGCUUCGAUCUGGUGAUUACUAUCUAUUUGAAGGUGAUCCAGAAGAGGAUGAUGAUUUUGUCAACCGUCAAACACAUAUAACUGGAAAUGAUAGUGAUCAUUCGGAUAAAGAUAAUUCUAGUCCACCACCACCAGCGUUACGUUUACGCGAGAAUAAACAUAAUUUAAAAUUACAAAAAGCAGCUAUCAGUGAAGAAAUUGAUAAACAAGUCACUAUUUCAAAUAAUCAUACUAAAUCUCAAGUUACUUUAGUUCCAAAUGGAAAGAAUUACUUACGAGAUAUUUGGCCAAGUAUAGAUCCAAAUAUUUUAAAUAUUCUGUCUAAUUAUAAUGAUCCUUAUAGUACUAUCAGUUUUAGAGAUGAACACCGUCGCGUUUGCCCAGCAUCUCAUAGUAGAAAUGCUCUUGAUUCAGACCGCCAUUAUGAACAUCCUAAGCAUAUUGAAAUGCAUCAAGAUCGUCCUCACUCUGGAUUUGUCCUGGGACAUCGUCGUAUGCGAUCUCAUCCUGAGUUUUUACGUCAACAUUUUGGUGGAAACGAAAAAUAUUCAGUUGUAUCUAUAGAAUCAGAUGAACCUAAGGUUUCAGAUGGUAAAAAUCUAGCUUUACGUCCUAGUCAAACAUCAUAUGACAGAUUCGCUCAUCGAUCCACUGAUCGACGAGAUCAGAAUCCAAUCACUUUACACCAUCGUCCUUAUGAAACUCAUAGACGAUUAUUUUCAGCAUCUGGAGCUAUCUUCCCCACUAAAGAUCGUCCUAGUAGUCCUGAAAAGAACACAGUUGUCAAAAAUACGGUCCGGAGCCAUAGGAGAACAACGAAAUCGUCAUUAUCUAAACCAAGUCCUCCUAAGGCCUAUGAAACUUCUCAUGUUGAAUACCCUGUUAUUGCAAAUAAGAUAACAGAGGGAAAUAGUAACAAAGAGGGUAACUCUGAAAACGUUUCUACAGUAACAGAUAGCAGUGAAUGUAAAAUUAUCGAGUCUCGUCUUGCUGAAAAUCAUUCUCAUAACAUAAUCACUAAAGCCCUAAAGUCUGGGUCUCACCAUACUAACGAUCGAAAGAAUUUCAGUUAUUCAUAUUUCGAUGAUGGUCAAGAAGCGGAUAAAGAUAGUGAUGAAGAUGAUGAUGCUAAUCCUCCAUCAACUGCCAAUUCUCGAUUAAAUCCCAUCCAACUGUUGAAUAGAGCCAUGGAACUUGGUGCUCUUUCAACUGUGAAACAGUAUCGACGCAAUUUAUAUGCCCAUUCUCAUGAUGGUGCACGUCAACGGGAACAGGCUGAUAAUAUUCCUUGUAAUAUAUCUACUGGAAGUCAAGAUGGUUCAUCGGUCGAUCAAACGAUGCAACCUUCAUCCAAUAGACAUCAGGUCAGUACAAAUUCCUUUCACAAUCAUUCACUUAAAAAUACAACUUAUCCUAAUCAAACUAAAGAACGUAAACGAAACAACCGUUUCUCAUCGAAAUUUGGCAUAAGGAAACUUAGUGUACCUGAUAUUCAUUCUGGUUCAAGACAACAACCGGAAGUUCAUUUUUCCGAUAGAUUAUGUAAAAAAUACUAUUCUCCAUUGACGGACAGAAAUGUAAACGUUAGUGAAUAUUGUUGUUUUGAUCCUGAUAAUAAUUAUUUUAAACAACCUUUAAAAAAUAAAGCCAAUUUAUAUUCUGUUCACCCGUUAAAUUCAUCAUUCACUGGAAAUAAUGAUGUAGUCGACGGUAAUAUCGUAAACAAGGAACAAAAUAAAUGUAUUUUAAAGGGUAAAUCGGAAUUUAAUAAUAUGAUAGAUGUUAAUGCUGGAAGAAAAUCCCAUUUUAAUCCAUCAACUUCGAAGCAAACAGAAGAUACUAAACUAAACACUAUUCUUUUGAAUCAGUCAAAUAAUCAUACUUCAUCGUAUGUUAUUAUGGAUAAACAAAAUGCUCAAGAUAAUCAGAUAACUGUAUUUGAAAAGCCAAUUAAAACUACCCACUCAUCAUCUCGACCAUUCGAUGAUAAUAAUGGGUCAUCUGAUAUAAAUGAUAAUGAUGAAUUACGCAAAGAUUCUAUCCAUCAACAUACUGAGGGCUGUUGGAGCAAGUUUAAAGCUUCUUGCUUAAUAGCAUAUAUGUUUUUCUUGAGUUCUGUGGAUAGUUUAAUAAGAUUUUUGAAUGGUCUAACUCGUCAAUAUCGUCGUAUUCGCAGAACUAUUGACCAAGAAAAACGUUUAGUUAAACGUCGAGUUAUUUCAUAUCUUCCAUCCACAAAUGAACAAUUAAGAACACAUUUAGAAUCAGCUGUUUUAGAAAUUAUUUCUACAACACCAGAACGUCAAUUAUCAUUAUUUAAUCCUCAAUGUAUUGAAAAAAAUGUACAAACUAAUGAAAAUUAUUUAAAUGAUACUAUAAAUUAUUAUUUAAUACGUGAUAAUUCAUUAGAUAAUUUAGAUAAUAAUACACCUAUGACAGAUAUACAAGAUCAUGAACGUGAAAAAGCUUUUCGUCAAUCACGUUCAUAUGGAUUUUUAUUAUUAAUAGCUGUUGGAAAUUUAGCUAUUGUUUAUUCAGAAUUAUUUUGUUAUUUUCUUUUAAUAUUUAAUCAUAUGCAUUCUGCAUCAUUAUUAUCAUUACCUUAUCCAUUAAUGGUAUUAUUAUGGGGUAUGUUAUCUGUACCACGUCCAACAAAAACAUUUUGGAUAUUUUUAAUCACUUACACUGAGAUUGUUAUUGUCAUAAAGUACAUAUUUCAGUUUAAAUUUUUCCAUUUCAAUGAUGCUAUAUUAAGGCCAACGGAAUCAGCUGAACCAUUGUGGUUACCUCGUAUAAUUGGUGUAAAUAAAAAUGAUGAUUAUGCUGUAUUUGACUUAGUACAAUUAAUUAGUUUAUUCUUACAUAGAGGAUAUUUAAAAAAUAAUGGUCUUUGGCGUGAUGACACUGAAUUCACACAUGAUCUUGAAUUAAUUGUACAAGAAAACAAAGCAGCACAGUUAUCUUGUUCGAAGCAAGGAACAAGUUCACGACAAUUAGCAUCAUCCGGUGUUUGUCUGAAUAAAUCAAAAACAGAUCUUAGGAAAGAUGAUGGAUUAUUUACUGGUGGGCGUAAUGCAUUCGUUCAACUAUAUCCUCAAACCUCACACUAUUCUACUACUACUUCUAGUGGGGGUCCAGGUGGUAAGACGUGGAAUCCACUGAUAAAACUUAAGCGAUUCUAUCUGAAAAUGACUGACCCAAGAUAUAAUAAAAAGGUCGAUGUUUAUAUUUACAUGUUUCUUUGUGAAUUUAUCGCUUUUUGGAUUAUGAUAUUUGGUUAUGUAUCAUUUGGACCAAGUACUGGAAUGGGUGAUAAUGCAUUUGAAUUCCUAAAAUCAAAUAGAGUUCCUCUACCAUUUAUAUCAAUGCUUCUUGUUCAAUUCAUCUUUAUUAUAAUUGAUCGUGGUUUAUUCUUACAGAAACAAGUUCUUGGAAAAUUUAUCUUUCAAAUUAUUCAUGUUGUAUUAAUUCAUGGAUGGUUAUUUUUUAUUUUACCUCAUAUUACAAGAUCCCCAUUUACUUCUGGUCUGGCACCUCAAUUGUUAUAUUUGAUUAAAUGUGUAUAUUUUUCUCUAUCGGCCUAUCAAAUUCGUAGUGGUUAUCCUCGUCGUAUAUUAGGGAACUUCUUAACUAAGAACUACAAUUACAUCAAUUUAGUUUUGUUCAAGGGGUACCUACUGGUUCCAUUUUUGUAUGAACUUCGAAAUGUAAUGGAUUGGAUGUGGACUAGUAGUGCUUUAUCGUUAUAUCAUUGGAUGGAAUUAGAAGAUGUUUAUUCGAAGAUAUUCAUUCUUAAAUGUUGGCGACGUUCAGAAUUAGCUUAUCCUACACCAAGAGGACAAAAUCGUGAUACCAGUAAAAAAGCAUUAACUGGUGGUUUAUUACUAUUAUUCUUUUUCAUUUGUUUCUGGGGUCCAAUGGCAUUGACUUCAUUCAUUGGUGCUACAUUCGAUGUGAAUCCGCCAGUUUUAUGUACUUUCAGCUUUUCAUUUGGAGGUUUUCCGCCUACAUUCGAGUUUACUUCACGCGAAGGGAAUAUAUUCACUGUAAAUUCGCCUGAAUUAAACAAUUUUAUUCGUUGUCACGAAAAAGACAAGCAAACAUUUGGGUUUCUACAUAAUUUUGAAUGGAAUGAUCUACGCUAUGUGACAAUCGAUGGUUUUUCUGGUAAUAUCUGGGCUAUCACACCACCGUCAUAUCAAGCAUUAUUAAUGAAAUUACGUUCACCUGAAUCAGAUUUACUAUUACAUUUUCAUAUGAAAUGUCGCAGAUCAACAAAAGAAAUUCAAUCAAGUCACACAUCAGUUGAAGAUAUAUUUAGUCGUAAACUAUCACCAUCAGAAAAAUUACAAUUACUUAUGGUGUUGAAUUCUACAAAUUCUAUCUUUCCUUUAUCUGAUUCUAAUAAAAGUUCUUUAUAUAGAACAUCUAUAAUGAAUAAUAAUACUAAUAAUUAUAGUAUGUUAACAAGAUCACAUCAAUCUCGAAUUGAUUCUGUUAUAUUGAAUUCUGUAUUGCCGAGAUAUGUUUUGCUUAAAAAAGAUAAACUUCGUGGUGCUUAUGCUUUUCUUGGUGAUCCACAAACUUAUGUAAAUGUUAGUUUUCAUAUACAUCAAGAUUUAAUAAGUCAUCAAGCAUGGUGGGAAUUGAAAGAGAAAAUUAAUAGUAGUUCAUCAUCUGAUCCAUGUUUUGAAGUGAUUCGACAUCCAACAUUAAGUAAUAAUGCUGUUGAAGCGAAUGUAUUAUCAAUUCUCACUUUCAAUGAACGUGUAUCUGAUAGCUUAUUUGGUAAAGUAUUCAACAACUAUGGUAUCAUUGGUAUGUACGCUGCAUACAUAUUUUUAGCAAGUCGGUUACUACGUACUGCGUACAGUAAUAUUUCUUAUGUGAUUCGUCUUGAAGAAUUACCUCAUGUAGAUCGUAUUUUGAAUUUAUGCCAUGAAAUUUAUCUUGUACGUGAAAAUAACUUAUUAUUAUUAGAAGAACAACUAGUGGCAAAACUUUUCUUCCUUUAUCGUUCAUCAGAGACGAUGAUUAAAUGGACUAGACAUCCGAAACGUAUUGUUGAAAGAUUUACGAGUAAACCGACCGCUACUACUACUAAUACUACAUUAUCUCAAGAACCUCCCAAUUCUCCACCACCCACCUCUCAUCCUCAUUCGUAUAGUGGGUUUAUGCAUCCCUCAAUGAAUCAAGAAUUUAGAAAUAUCAAUAAUCGAACGAAUAGCAGGCCACCUCUUCACUUUAGACGUGGUCAUAACCCAAUCGAUGACAGUAAUUAUCGUUUACCACCACCAACAACAACCACACUGUUGCCAUCAUCCUCACAAUAUCAAUGAUAAUAUCAAGACAAUCAUAUAAAAUCUUCAAAUGUUCACCCUCUAAACACUCCGUUAAGAAUAUAAUGGCUUCGUACAAAUAAUCUAAUUGUUGAAACAGGAUUAAACAAUCUGAAAUAAGAUUGAUUAAAUCAAAUCAAUCUUUUCGCUAAGAAAUUCAUUUUGGAAUGAUUAGUUAUUUUAUAUGUAUAUUCUAGUCGUAAUCAACAGUUUUGAUUGCUCACUUGUUUUUUUCUUUCUUUCUCUAUUCAAACUCUAUCAAUUCUUAAUGUGUUAAUAUUAUUGAUUAAAAAGAGUAAUUUGCAUUUGUUAUGUCAGUUUUUUUUAAAAAUAUUGAUUACUGUUUAGUGACUGACUGCUGAUUAGUUCUUAUUUGUUUUUGUAGUACAUCAAUUGUCGUUAGUUGUAUUACUCUUCAAGUUUCUACGUACAUUUUCCUCUCUCUCUCUCUUUCUGCACAUACUAUUGUGUAUACAAACUAUUCUAUCAAUUAUCUUCAAUCAAUCCACAUAUCUUUGUUAUUGUUAUAAUAAUUUGUGAAAUUUGCAAAUUGCUCAUUCCAAGUUUAUCUUUGUUUUCCUCUACUUUGUUAUCUAUUAUUGCCUUCGUUUUUUUUCUCUCGCAUAUUACUCAAUCAGUUUUCUUUAGAGAGAUUCAUGUAUUAAUGUUUAAUUGUAAAAAAAACCCCAGUAAAUUCUUCCUGUUAUCGAAUUAUUGCUCUUUAUCUGCACAAAACCAAAUGCACUGUUCUUCAUUCCUGUAUUGAUUUCUUUAUGUAUAUUUUUGGGCACUAUGAGAUGAACAAAUUAA